AUGGCGUCAGGCCGGGGCAGUGUCGUUUCGUCACCAGCCUCAUCACCAGCGGAAGACUGUGGCUUGAGCAAAGGUUCGAUUUCUCAGCUACAGGAGUUUGUGCAGGGUGCCAAGAUCUAUCCCAUGCCUCCGAAUUGUCCGGUGUUGCAGUGGAGAUAUGAUACUCGGCCGGUUGGAAGUAGCAUGGAGUUUUGUGCGACGUGCUCUUUUCUCCUUGAUGGUGUUGCACACCACACAGUAGGUGCUUGGCGCAGCAACAAGAAAUUGUCACAGCGUGACACCGCAGAGCGGACUCUUGGGCUGUUUGUGAGCCGUUGGGCUUCGCUGAUCACCUUAGAUGAGCUCGCAGGUGUGGCGCACAAAGAUGCGCUCCCAGAGCCACACCGAAGCGAGAUUGAACUCUUGGACAAGUUCUGCGAAAGGCUCUCCUGGGAUGGCCCAUCUUCUCUUGGCUGGAGCCACAGGUGGGAAGGCGGCCAAUGCCAAGCAUUCGCUGAAGUGAGAUUGCUUGAUGUGCCUCAUACUUUCCAAGGAAAGAAAAUGCCGACUCUGGAGGCAGCAUACAAUGACACUGCUCGACGUGUGCUAUGGUAUCUGCAAUGUCCCGGAUAUGAGGACAUGUUCGAGCCCAACCAAGAAUAUGUCAGAGCUGUUGCCCAGGCUGCAUGCGGAUCUGAGAGAGUCUCGAAAGUAAAAUAUGAGUUGCCCAUGAGCGAGCUUGGUGCAUGGAGGGUAUGUCACUGA